GCUUUGUAUGUUUUUUUUAAACUGAGAACUGCGCCUUGCAUGCAGCUGAAAUCAUAUGGCAUAUGUAGAGUCUUAGGAGAGACUCGCACACUUGUGCUCUGUGCAGAGAGAGAGAGAGGAAUAAUCAGCUCAGCUAUUUGAAACUUUAAAGCCACACUUCACUUCUGCAACCAGUUUCAGUGCAUUUUUUUUUCUCCUUCUGGAACGUCUUCGGAUACCAGCAUUUGCUUUGGGAUAAAGUUGAGGAUGGCGGAGCUCUCUAUCAAUGAUCACUUGGAAGGAAUCCUGUCAGAUUUUGAAGCUCUGAAACGUUCGUUUGAGAUUGACGAUGUGAAUGAUGAGCCUCCGUUUUCACCCGUCUCUUCGCUCAGCUCGCCCUUCCCUCCAGCUUCCAGAAUGGUGCAGUCGCCCACGCUCAAUGAAAACUUUGCGCCUUCUCCGUCUUCUUACCACGCGUGGGUCACGAGGAACUCUGGCACCGUCCCGUCCCCAGGCCCUGCCCAACACAGGAAGGUCUCUUCAAGCUUUUCCUUUAAUCAGGGCUCCAAACCCUUCCCCAGGGCCAACGGAAGCGCGCAGGGCACAUUGGGCCGAGUCUCCUCUUUUCAAAGUAGAGUCAACCCCAAUGGUUUCUCCCAGUCUUCCAGACCCGAUGCUGAUGAUGGUCUACGUGGCUCCACGUCCAGUCUCGUCUCUCCCUCAAGGCUACACUCCAUGUCCAGUCCGCCCCAGGGUCUGCUGGGCUGCCACGAUCCUGGCGCCAAGCCAAACCACGUGCCAGCCCCAUCGCUGAAGAAAUACUCGUCGCAGGGCAACAUGUUCCAUUCCGAAGUGGACCGACCUGUGGCCUCCGUGAAGGAAAGCUCGGUCAGUCAUGGCUCCAUGCCGUCCCUCGACCUCCACAUAGCUGAAGACCUCGCUCUGGAUAGCAAGGCGCCCUCCAACCUCAUGCACAAGUCAAGCGUGCCUCCGUUAUCCGGGGUACGGUCUCUGCUGUCUCAAAACGUUGCACCAGGCCAUGGUCAACGAACAGGUCAGAGAGAGCCAAGGAUCGGCCCAACUGGCACCGACUCCAGUUUAAAUGUGAAGCCUGCGCAAAAUGUUCGAGACGUGAGUUUUAGGCCGACUAAUUCACUUUCCAUCAACGCGGCUGACUCCAUAUGCAUGUCUCAAGAGAGACAAAUUACAAGCCCUGACCAGAGAGCAAGACCACUCCCAAGAACGCAAAUUAUCCAGACUACACCAACAUCCCCCCCUAUCGCCCUGACAAGGUCUAAGCAAAGUCUCUCAAAGACCUCCGCACAUCAGCUUGGAGACUUCCUACCUUCUGCCAUGGAUGUGGAGCCCAACCCAGUAGCCCAGCACCAGUUGCCCCAGUUUAAGUUAGUGGCCCAGCACCACCAGAUGGUUCAGGUCCCUGCUCCUGGCCCCUCCCCCGUACCUGAUUGGCAAGCAAAACUCGCGUGGAACUCGGCUUUGAAUGACGAUAUGUUGGCUCUGCAGAAAAUGGAAAAUCCAGCUUCGAUGAACAAGAACAACGAUUCCUUCUCAACCUCGGGCGAUUUGGAGGUACAUUAUCUCAACUCUAACGUCAUGCUGACCAACAAAAUGUACCUCGAUGGAAAAAUAGAGGAGGAAUUUCAAGAUCCACGUCUGGAGAAAGAGGUUAAGAUGCAUUUCAGGCAGCAAGGGUUGGAUCUAAAGGAGGUGAAAGUGAACAUGGCGGAGAGACCACAAGAGCCGGGACUCGUCUGUUCAGAAGGAUUUAAGAAGGAUGUGACGGGAAGAGAUCUCUUUGGAUAUGUGGGCAUCGAAGCAGUCCUGGAUCAGAUGAGGCGUAAAGCCAUGAAGACUGGGUUUGAAUUCAACAUCAUGGUCGUAGGUGAAAGUGGGCUCGGAAAGUCGACCUUGGUCAACACCUUGUUCAAGUCGAAAGUCAGCCGGAAGUCGUGCACGCCCAACUAUGUGGAGAGAAUCCCCAGGACGGUGGAACUUCAAGCUAUUAGUCACGUUAUUGAAGAAAAAGGAGUAAAGAUGAAUUUGACAGUUAUUGACACGCCAGGAUUCGGUGAUCAAAUAAACAAUGAAAACUGCUGGGAGCCAAUUGUGAAAUACAUUAAUGAACAGUAUGAGAAAUACCUGCGAGAGGAGAUUAAUAUCAAUCGGAAGAAGAGGAUUCCUGACACCAGGGUACACUGCUGUGUAUAUUUUGUGCCUCCCACUGGACACUGGUUACGUCCGUUGGAUAUAGAGUUCAUGAACCGUCUAGCCAAAAUAGUCAAUAUAGUCCCUGUUAUCGCAAAGGCCGAUACUCUUACCUUAGAUGAAAGACGAGAUUUUAAACAGAGGAUUCGACAAGACCUGCGAAACUAUUCCAUUUGUGUUUACCCCCAGACAGAGUUUGAUGAAGAUUCUGAAGACAAAUUAUUAAACGACAUUGUAAGAGAAAAAAUUCCCUUUGCAGUGGUGGGCACUGACCAGGAGCAUCAAGUGAAUGGGAAGAAGAUAUUAGGGAGGAAAACCAAGUGGGGAAUUAUUGAAGUUGAGAAUGGGGCACACUGUGAAUUCGCAAAUCUAAGGGAUCUACUGAUCCGGUCCCACCUGCAGGAUCUUAAAGACGUCACACACAGGAUCCAUUACGAGAUCUACAGGGUGCGGAGACUAAACGAAAGCAACGGUAUAAUCAAGGGCUUGCCAAAAGAGAACUAUGUAUCCAGCAAAGAAAACCUGGAAAAUAACCACUGAGAGACCCAGCACCGCCGGCCAGCAAUAAACUUUGCAUAUUAACGUCUCCCGUGCAUUGUACAGAUUUUGUAUUUUGAAUAGAACUGGAGUCAGAAGUGUUGUCUGUGUUGAAGCAAGGCCAUGGGAAAUAGAAUUUAUGUCGAUCUUUUUACAGGCGCUGGGGUGGAUAAGGGUUUGGGGGGGUGGGGUGGGGAGGAAGGGUGGGGUGUUUGUUAGAAGUAUGGUUUGGAGAAAGUAUUGUUACCGGCUGCAAGAUGAUCAUCAUGGUGUCUGUAAUCCUGUCUGUCAAUAGCACAGGGGAGCUGAAAACCUAACGCUAGCAUACUUAGAUAAUCAGUAUAUGUCAAAGUUGUUCCCUUGAUUUGUGAUCAUCUGCAACAUUGCCUUUUACUCUGCAGUUUGAUGAACCAGCUUGUUCAGUGAAUGGUAUAGUGUUAAUGUUCACAAAACUAGAAGACACCGUGCUUUUAAGUUGGUUUUUUCCUUUGAGAUGGAAGACUGUGCAGUGUCAUUGUAAGCUGGCAGCCUGGACUCGCUACCUCCCCCUCCCGUUUGAAAAAGUGGGUGUUGUUAGCUUGAGCAAGGAAGGGGCAGUGAUGGGAUGUUACUGUGUAGGAAGUAACCGCAGAUGCUGGUUUGCACCGAAGAUAGACACAAAAAACUAGAGUAACUCAGCGGGACAGGCAGCAUCUCUGGAGAGAAGGAUCUCUCAGUCCGGAGAAGAGUUUUGACCCGAAACAUUGCAUUUUCUCCAGAGGUGCUGCCUGCCCCGCUGAGUUACUCCAGCAUUUUGUGUCUAUCUGUGGUAUUUUACUGAUCUCCAUCUCCCUGGUAGAAAGCCCAUGGGCAAGCCAGCAAGUGACCACAACAUGAGGAAGUGGGUGAAACUCAUUCCAUGAAGCUCUGUUUGAAGUCGGAUCAAAAGACAAAGAAGUCUUCCCGUUGCCAUGCUGUAUGAAGUGCUUAGUUACUGCACUAAAUGGGUGUUGUUCAGAAGUACUUGUUGCAGUUAACCUAUAUACAGAAUAGUUUAUACAGUAAAAAAA